ACAGUCUACAAAAAAAUUGUGUCAUCAAACAAGGAAAUGGACCUGACAUAUUAAUCUUUAGAUGUCAAUUUAUUUAUGUCAACACUUUUAUUACAAUCGCAUUAAGUGAAGUUUGUAGAAGUGGAAACGACUAGACGACACAAAUCAAAAUGUAUUUGAAGGAAUACAGAAUUUGCAUGCCAUUGACAGUGGAAGAGUAUCGAAUCGGCCAGCUGUUUAUGAUUGCCAAACACAGUCAUGAGCAAAGUCAGAAUGGGGAAGGUGUGGAGGUGGUAAAAAAUGAACCCUGUGAACAUGAGGUGCAUGGCAAGGGACAGUACACAGAGAAACGUAUACACCUGUCUAGCAAACUUCCCACCUGGAUCCGGUCCAUGAUUCCUCAGAUAUUCUACAUCACAGAGAAAGCUUGGAACUAUUACCCCUAUACGAUCACAGAAUACACUUGUUCCUUUAUUCCAAGAUUUUCUGUUCAUAUAACCACAAGAUAUGAGAACAACAAUGGGACCACAGAAAAUUGUUUGAACCUCAGUGAAGAGGAGUUGGGUCAGCGUGAAGUGGACUUCAUUGACAUUGUGAAUGAUCCAAUCCAGGAACGCCAUUACAAGGACUCUGAGGACCUCACGAAAGUAAAGUCCACCAAAGCCAACCGAGGACCCUUUGAUAAGAACUGGCGGAAUACCAGUGAGCCAAUUAUGUGUUCAUACAAAGUUGUGCGCUGCUUUUUUGAAGUAUGGGGCCUUCAAACAAAAGUGGAGGAAUACGCACAAAAGUCGUGCCGUGAUGUUAAUCUUCUGGGACACAGGCAGGCAAUAUCCUGGAUGGAUGAGUGGAUAAACAUGAGCAUGACAGACAUACGAGACUACGAGAACCACAUGCAGAAAAAGACAAAUGAGAAAGUACUCAAAAACCAGGAUAAGACGACAGCAGAAGAGAACUCCUAACAGACCUUGGCAACCUGCUUGUUGUUUUAAAAAUUGCUAUAGAGAAAACUGGUUCAGCUAUAGAUAAAAAUGGUAAACCUAUAGAGAAAACAUGUUAUGUAGCUUAUUUCAUUGAUUCGUUAUAGUAUUGUAAAGUUGACAGUGUCGUUUUUUAUAUAAACAACAGGCAUGUUUAAGUGUUGUUUAUUUCAUAUAGAAUUUUUAUUAAAAGCUUGAAAUCUUUUUAUGAUUCGGUUUUUUGUUAACUUUUAAUCCAAAAUGAACAAAUUUAGCUUUUGUCUGCUGAAAUAGGACUUUAAAAUGUAUGAGAAAUCCAGGCUUGCUGUCCAUUGUUACCCUGGUCAUAUUUGGACCUAGCUGCUCAAAACAUGAACUAUUCAUUUUUUUUUUACUUUGAAACAUAUCAAACUUGGAAACAUGUCAAACUUUGAAACAUGUGAAAUUAAGGAACAUGUUAAUUAAGAUAAAGAGUUUACAUUUACAUAACUUGUUAAUCAUAUGUCAUUACACUGGUAUUUGCUCGACACUGGAAAGAUUUUUUUUUUUAAUAGACUGACAAUAUUUUAAGCACCUUGUCCUUGUAUAUUAUGAGAUUUUUCCACUAGCGUGUUCAGUAUGUGGUCAGGGCUCUUUUCCUUGUUAGAGAAUGGCCGUUCUUCACAAAUUUGAGAAGUUUGUGACCCAAAUUUUCACAAUUUAUACAAAUUUGAGACUCACGCUUUCACAAUGUUAAAAGUUUGCAACUCAUUAUUUUUACAACUUUUCAACAGUUCAUGACUCAUUUUUUCAUGAUUUUGAAAAGCUUCACAAAAUGAAAGGGCCAAGGCCGGUUCACAAAGAUGGGAGAAUAGCCCUGGUGGUGCACACAGACGCUACUAAAGUCAUAUUUCCUGAUUACUAUAAACAUAGACUAUAUAUGAACCGUGCUUUGUUAAAAAGGGGUUUUGAUGCAUGUGCGUAAAAUGCCGUCCCAGAUUAGCCUGUGCAGUCCACAGAGGCUAAUCAGGGACUGACACUUUCCGCUUUUAUGAAAUAUUUCGUUUAAAUAAAAGUUUCUUCUAAUCAAAAAUCAAGUUUAGACGGAAAGUGUCAUCCCUGAUUAGCCUGUGCAGACUGCACAGGCUAAU